UGUGCCAAAGUCACUAGACCCAAGAAGAAGCAUGGCACUUUGAUCCCUGGAAUAUUUUGUAUUCUUUGUCCCCACGGUAUAUGUUAUGGAUUCGAAAUAAUGAGGGAUCACGAAUCACCAAAUAUCCCAUUUACCAUUUUACGAACACGUUUUCCUGAUGCGCCAGAGUUGGUCAUUUACGAUAAUGCCUGCAGAUUGCACGAGUAUUGUUUGAACCGAGAUCCAGCAUUUUUUAAGAAAAAAUUUGUUGUUGAUAAGUUUCAUUGGAAAAAUCAUUCAGGAUGCUGCGAAGGAUAUAACAUGAAAUUGUACCCCAUGCUCAAUAUGUACAAUAGCCAAGCUGCUGAACAGUGCAAUUCGUGUAUUAAGCCUCUUGCCUCCAUGGUUUCUUACAUGGAAUACGAUAACUUUUUUCUUUUCACAAAACUCCAUAUUUGGCACAGGAACAUGUUACGCAUUGUUAAAUACAAUCCUGAGAGAGAAAUAGCCUACAAAGACUAUUUUCUCACUCUUAGUCGCGUUAUUCAUUAGUAACGCGUUAUAGUUUCGUUUUUCGAAAAAUUUAAACUUGUUUUUAUGAAUAGUUUUAUCUGUACAAAAUAUUACUUCAUAGUUACCCAUAUAGUUUCUGCAAAAGUAACAAUUAUAUGUAACGUCGUUACUUGUAAAAAAAUUAUUUACAUCACUUGUUAUAAAUAUAAGAAUGUUAUUCAUAUG